GUGUCUGCAGGAAAGGGAAGGGGGAUACCAGAUCUGCUCGCUUUCAUAGACGGUCUAAUCCCUUCUGCGCAAUCGGACUCCAGGAAAGCAGCCUCCCCUUAAGGGCCCAGGAGCCCCGGCACUUUGAAAGUGCCCUCCUGCCCAGACUCGGGCAGAUGUAAGGGGUGUGAAGGCGGAGCCAAAGAGCUGGCGACACCUUCCUGAAGGUCCAGCCCUCGCCAGUCUUCCUACCACCUUAGGGAGUUGGCACGGAGAGCGGCUCACCCUCUCAAUGAAAGGCAGAUGUCCCUUUAAGGUUUGCUUCGCAGCUCGUGGACUUUAGCCUAAACACGGACCCGCGAAGUUGGCUUUAUUUGUCCAUGUCUCGGACAGAGCCUGGGAGGCUGCCAGUGGGAUUUCAGAGACCCAGAGCGCGAAGGGGCGGGCGAUGUGGCAAUCGGUCUGGGAUGUGAAAAGCGUGGAGCGGACUUAGAGGCACUGGUCGAAAACACAGGAAAUCACUCUGCGGCUACUGGGCGCCGCGACCGGCCAGGCCAGCGACUGAGACCCGCGGCGGCGCGCGGAGUGGCCCAGAGCGCGCGGCUUCGCGCCCGGUCCUGCCAGGUCCUGCCCUCCGAUCCAGCGCGUCCCCCCGGCGCUGCGGCCACUCUGGCCAUGGCCCCCCGGCGCCGCGCCAGCCCAGGGGUCGCUGUCGCCUGCUGCUGGCUCCUCACCGUUGUUCUAGGCUUCUGCGUAUCAUUCAAUGUUGAUGUGAAAAAUUCAAUGACUUUCAGUGGCCCGGUGGAGGACAUGUUUGGAUAUACUGUUCAGCAAUAUGAAAAUGAAGAAGGAAAAUGGGUGCUUAUUGGUUCUCCUUUAGUUGGCCAACCCAACAACAGAACUGGAGAUGUCUAUAAGUGUCCAGUUGGGAGAGGCGAAUCAUUACCUUGCGUCAAGUUGGAUCUACCAGUUAAUACAUCAAUUCCCAAUGUCACAGAAGUAAAGGAGAACAUGACAUUUGGAUCAACUUUAGUCACCAACCCAAAGGGAGGGUUUCUGGCAUGUGGGCCCUUAUAUGCCUACAGAUGUGGCCACUUGCAUUACACAACUGGAAUCUGUUCUGAUGUCAGCCCCACGUUUCAAGUUGUGAACUCCAUCGCUCCCGUGCAAGAAUGCAGCACUCAGCUGGACAUAGUCAUAGUGCUGGAUGGUUCCAACAGUAUUUACCCCUGGGAAAGUGUUACAGGUUUUUUAAAUGAUCUUCUUAAAAGAAUGGAUAUUGGUCCUAAACAGACACAGGUUGGAAUUGUACAGUAUGGAGAAAACGUAACCCAUGAGUUCAACCUCAAUAAGUACUCAUCAACGGAAGAGGUGCUUGUUGCAGCGAAUAAAAUAGUCCAGAGAGGAGGCCGCCAGACCAUGACAGCCCUUGGAAUAGACACAGCAAGGAAAGAGGCUUUCACUGAAGCCAGGGGCGCCCGAAGAGGGGUUAAGAAAGUCAUGGUGAUUGUGACUGAUGGAGAGUCCCAUGACAACCAUCGACUGAAUCAGGUCAUCCAAGAAUGUGAGGAUGAAAACAUUCAGCGGUUUUCCAUAGCUAUUCUUGGCAGCUAUAACCGAGGAAACUUAAGCACUGAAAAAUUCGUGGAGGAAAUAAAAUCAAUUGCAAGUGAACCCACUGAAAAGCAUUUCUUCAACGUCUCUGAUGAAUUAGCUCUAGUCACUAUUGUUGAAGCUCUGGGAGAAAGAAUAUUUGCCCUGGAAGCCACAGUGGACCAGUCAGCAGCUUCAUUUGAAAUGGAAAUGUCUCAGACCGGCUUCAGCGCUCAUUAUUCACAGGAUUGGGUCAUGCUUGGAGCAGUAGGAGCCUAUGAUUGGAAUGGAACAGUCGUCAUGCAGAAGGCUAAUCAAAUCAUAAUCCCCCAAAACACGACCUUUAAUGUUGAGUCUACCAAAAGGAAUGAACCGCUUGCUUCUUAUUUAGGUUACACAGUAAACUCUGCCACUGUUUCUGGAGAUGUGCUCUACAUUGCUGGACAGCCGCGGUACAAUCAUACAGGCCAGGUCAUCAUCUAUAGGAUGGAAGAUGGAGACAUCAAGAUUCUCCAGACACUCAGUGGAGAACAGAUCGGUUCCUAUUUUGGCAGUGUUUUAACAACAAUUGACAUUGAUAAAGAUUUUAAUACUGACAUUCUUCUAAUUGGAGCGCCCAUGUACAUGGGAACAGAGAAAGAGGAACAAGGAAAAGUCUAUGUGUAUGCCCUGAAUCAGACAAGGUUUGAAUAUCAAAUGAGCCUGGAACCCAUUAAACAGACUUGCUGUUCAUCUCUGAAGCACAAUUCAUGCACGAAAGCAAACAAAAAUGAGCCAUGUGGGGCUCGUUUUGGAACAGCUAUUGCUGCUGUGAAAGACCUCAAUCUUGAUGGGUUUAAUGACAUUGUGAUAGGAGCUCCCCUGGAAGAUGAUCACGGGGGAGCCGUAUACAUUUACCAUGGAAGUGGCAAGACUAUAAGGAAAGAGCAUGCACAACGUAUUCCAUCAGGUGGAGAUGGUGAGACAUUGAAAUUUUUUGGCCAGUCUAUCCACGGAGAAAUGGAUUUAAAUGGUGACGGUCUGACUGAUGUGACUAUCGGGGGCCUUGGUGGUGCUGCCCUCUUCUGGUCCCGAGAUGUUGCUGUAGUUAAAGUGACCAUGAAUUUUGAACCCAAUAAAGUGAAUAUUCAAAAGAAAAACUGCCGUGUAGAGGGAAAGGAAACGGUAUGCAUAAAUGCUACAGUGUGUUUUGAUGUGAAAUUAAAGUCCAAAGAAGACACGAUUUAUGCAGCUGAUCUGCAGUACCGUGUCACACUAGAUUCACUAAGGCAGAUAUCACGAAGUUUUUUCUCUGGAACCCAAGAAAGAAAGAUUCAAAGAAACAUCACAGUUCGAGACUCAGAAUGCACUAAGCAUUCCUUCUACAUGUUGGACAAGCAUGACUUUCGGGACUCUGUAAGAAUAACUUUGGAUUUUAGUCUUACUGAUCCAGAAAAUGGGCCAGUUCUUGAUGAUUCUCUACCAAAUUCAGUCCAUGAAUAUAUUCCUUUUGCCAAAGACUGUGGAAACAAGGAAAAAUGUAUCUCGGACCUCACCCUGGAUGCAUCCACCACAGAAAAGGGCCUGCUUAUUGUCAGGUCCCACAACGAUAAGUUCAAUGUUAGUCUCACAGUCAAAAAUAAAAAGGACAGUGCCUAUAACACCAGAACCGUAGUGCAUUAUUCUCCAAAUCUGAUUUUUUCAGGAAUUGAGGCUAUCCAAAAAGACAGUUGUGAAUCCAAUCAUAAUAUCACAUGUAAAGUUGGAUAUCCGUUCCUAAGAAGAGGAGAAGGGGUAACUUUCAAAAUAUUAUUUCAGUUUAACACAUCUUAUCUCAUGGAAAAUGUGUUCAUUCAUUUAAGUGCAACAAGUGACAGUGAAGAACCUCCUGAAGCCCUUUUUGACAAUGAAGUAAACAUUUCUAUGCCAGUAAAAUAUGAAGUUGGACUACAGUUUUACAGCUCUGCAAGUGAAUAUCAUAUUUUAAUUGCGGCCAAUGAGACAGUCCCUGAAGUUAUUAAUUCUACUGAGGACAUUGGAAAUGAAAUUAAUAUCUUCUACUUGAUUAGAAAAAGCGGACAUAUUCCAAUGCCAGAACUUAAGCUGUCAAUCUCAUUCCCCAACUUGACCUCAGAUGGUUAUCCUGUGCUAUACCCAAGUGGAUGGUCAUCUUCUGAGAAUGCAAACUGCAGACCCAGUAGCCUUCAGGAUCCUCUUGGUAUCAACUCUGGGAAGAAAAUGACUAUAUCCAAAUCUGAAGAUCUCAAACGAGGCACAAUUCUGGACUGCAGUACUUGUAAAUUUGCUACCAUCACAUGUAAUCUGAUUCCUUCUGACGUGAGCCAAGUGAAUGUUUCACUUAUCUUAUGGAAACCAACUUUUAUAAAAACACGUUUUUCCAGCUUAAAUCUUACUGUAAGGGCAGAACUUCAGAGUGAAAAUGCAUUGCUGGUUUUAGGUACUGGCAAUCAAAAAAGAGAGCUUGCUAUUCAAAUAUCCAAAGAUGGGCUACCGGGAAGAGUGCCAUUAUGGGUUAUCCUGUUAAGUGCUUUUGCUGGAUUAUUGCUGUUAAUGCUGCUCAUAUUAGCGCUGUGGAAGAUUGGAUUCUUCAAAAGACCACUAAAGAAGAAAAUGGAGAAAUGAAAUAUUUUACAAGAAAAAAAAUAACAAUUAUUCAAUGACCUAUCCUCAGGUUUGCCUAAAAUAUGUGACAAGAAAUUUAUAAAUACAAUUAAAGACAUAGUCUUUAUGUAAUCCACCCAACUGUAUGUAAUCCAUCAGGGAUUAAUCACUUGGAAAAUGACAGAUCAAACAAGAUCCAAAAUCAAUACCAUAAAGAUAUAUUUUAUAAAAUGAUGAAAAAUAUUUUUAAAUAAUUACUCAUUUUUGUUGAGUAAUCAAAAUUAUGAAGUGUUUUCAAGAUGAAGAAUAACCUGUACAAAUAUCUUUAUGUAUUAAAUAACCAUUCAAAGUAUUUAAGGAAUGCAUAAAAAGACUUUUAUGUUCAUUGAAACAUUUACUUUCUAAACAAUAUAAAUUAAGUUUUUUCCAUUGAUUCCUGAUGGAUAUCCACAUAACAGUCAACAUCUGUAAAUGCCAAGAAAGAAAUUGCCUGAAAAAGAUGACUUCCCCCUAUUCAAAUGAGAAAAAAAUUCCAGGUAGAGUCCAUAUACAAUAUGGACUGAAAAUAGAAUUAAAUCACAGAGGGUAUAUUCAGCAUCUUUUGUGUUGGAUUCUAUACUGGAAAGUUUUCUUUCCUAAGUGUUUGGAAAAUGGUGCAAUUGAGCUGAAAUUCUAUCUGGGAUGGAAAAUCAAGAUAGACUUGUUUAAAAGCAAGUGCACUGAAUGGAUUAAUUUAAGCUUUUACAGAACACGCUUAAUUUU